AUGCAUACUCUUAGAUCAUUAUUCGACUACUCCUACGAUUUGAGAGUGAGUUCCGUUAUUUUCCAUUUGUUUUUUCUUUGAAAAUACGAUAUCUUCAGUUGAAAUCACGAUUUAAAUACUCAUGUCAUUAUUGCGAGAAAAAUCGUCUUUUUUGCAAAGAUGUUACAGCGAUUUCGAGUGGAAGACGUGAUAUAUUGGAAAAAUGGGUGGAUAUAUUGGGUGGUACAUUUCAGAAAAAUAUAAUAGGAUUGAAGACAAUCACGAUAUGUAGAAGCCAUUUCAAAGAGACGUGGACCAAAAAUCGACCGCUCGAUUUAUUGCCUUUUGCCGAUUUGGGAAGACCUGAUAUUAUUCCAGAAUAUGAGCAUAUAAAAAAGGAAAUUAAAAUGAAAUCGGAACAUGUGAGUUUUUAUCUUCAGAAAAAGUUUCAUAAAUAAUUAGAUGUCGAAUUUUCAGAGUCACUUAUUUCACAAAUGUGCAUAUUGCGGAAAAAUCAAAACAUUUAUUCAAAUGACAUCUGUUCCACCAAAUGAAUAUAUUUUCAAUAAAUGGGUUGCAAUAUUAGGAGACGAAUUCAAGAAAAAUGUUGAAAAUUGUGAAAGAAAAAUCUCAGCGAUUUGUAGAACUCAUUUUGAUGUGAAAUUUCGACAUCGGCCACAAUCAUUGUUGCCAAAAUCAAUGGAAAUGCAAGAAAAACAAGAAAAAUGUGUGAAAAUCGAGGAAAAAGAGCAAAAAGAUGAGCCAAAUAUGUUGGAAUGUUGUUAUUGUUCGGAAAUUCGAAAUAAUUUGAAUGAAAUGGUUCAAACUCCAAAAGAUACAAAAGGUUUAUUGAGAUGGGCUGAUAUUCUAGGACCGAUAUUUUAUGAUAAUUUUAUGAAGAGAAAAAAUCGAUAUAUUUGUUUGGAACAUUUGAAAAAGGGUUCGAAACGAGUUUUCAAUGAUGAAAUUAUGAAGGAAUUUAAACAGAAACAGAUUUUGAAAGAGAAACAGAAGGGUUUGAUUCCCAAUAUUCUGAAAGAAGAAGAAGAAAUUGAAAUUGAGAUGAAGCCUAGAAUUGAGAAGAUUUUGAUCGAAAACGAUUUUACAAUGGAGGAAGAAGUAAAACCAAUGAAAUUGAAGAAAAUAAAACAAGAAAUUCAGGAAUAG